AUGCCCCCCAAGCUUGACCCCAACGCUAUUGUUGAGCUCAUCGUCCGCGUGACCGGUGGUGAGGCCGGAGGUGUUGCCUCGCUCGCCCCGAAGGUCGGUCCUCUCGGUCUGUCCCCCAAGAAGAUCGGUGACGACAUUGCCAAGUCGACCCAGGAAUGGAAGGGCAUGAAGAUCACCGUCAAGCUCAUCAUCCAGAACAGACAGGCUAAGGUCGAGGUUGUUCCCAGCGCUGCCUCGCUGCUGAUCAAGGCCCUCAAGGAGCCCCCUGCCCCUACCAACCAGAAGAAGGAGAAGGGCGCCCCCGGACCCAAGCACGAUGGCAACCUUACCUUCGAUGACGUCAUCGAGGUGGCCAAGACGAUGCGCGCCAGGAGCAUGGCCAGGACUUUCGCCGGCACCGUCAAGGAGAUGCUCGGUACCUGUGUGUCCCUCGGCUGCACCAUCGAUGGCAGGGGUGCCCGCGAUAUGCAGAAGGCUGUUGAUGACGGUGAGUUCGAUGACCGUCUUGCCCAGUUCGACUAA